GUCAACUAGCGCGAAAAGAACGUAACAAACACGUCAUUCCAGACCCGUCUCGACUUUUUAUUGGUUAUCCGUAACUGAGUCGGCCAAUUCCCGUUCUAUAAAUUGAUCCCCAAUUCUCCCUUUUUCUCUCACAAAUUCUCAAUUCAUCCGCAGCUCUUCCCGAUCAAACCUUCGAUUUAGUGCUUUCUGCCCGCAGCUUCUCAAGAUGCAGAUCUUUGUCAAGACUCUCACCGGAAAGACAAUCACCCUCGAGGUCGAGAGCAGCGACACUAUCGACAACGUCAAGGCUAAGAUCCAGGACAAGGAGGGGAUUCCCCCGGAUCAGCAGAGGCUGAUCUUCGCCGGCAAGCAACUCGAGGACGGCAGGACCUUGGCCGAUUACAACAUCCAGAAGGAGUCGACCCUUCACCUGGUUCUCCGUCUCCGUGGAGGCAUGCAGAUCUUCGUGUCGAGAGCUCCGACACGAUCGAUAACGUGAAGGCUAAGAUCCAGGACAAAGAGGGCAUCCCACCGGAUCAGCAGAGGUUGAUCUUCGCCGGCAAGCAGCUGGAGGACGGCAGGACCUUGGCCGAUUACAACAUACAGAAGGAGUCUACACUUCACUUGGUCCUCCGUCUCAGAGGUGGGAUGCAGAUCUUCGUGAAGACCUUGACCGGCAAGACCAUCACCCUCGAGGUUGAGAGCUCGGACACCAUCGAUAAUGUCAAGGCUAAGAUCCAGGACAAGGAAGGGAUCCCUCCUGACCAGCAGAGGCUUAUCUUCGCCGGGAAGCAGCUAGAAGAUGGAAGGACUUUGGCCGACUACAACAUACAGAAGGAAUCAACCCUCCAUCUUGUCCUCCGUCUCAGGGGAGGUAUGCAAAUCUUCGUGAAGACCUUGACUGGCAAGACCAUUACCCUUGAGGUCGAGAGCUCCGACACCAUUGACAAUGUCAAGGCCAAGAUCCAGGAUAAGGAGGGAAUCCCUCCAGACCAGCAGAGGCUCAUCUUUGCCGGGAAGCAGCUCGAGGACGGAAGAACUCUGGCGGAUUACAAUAUCCAGAAGGAGUCGACCCUUCACUUGGUCCUGCGUCUGAGGGGAGGGAUGCAGAUUUUCGUGAAGACCCUGACUGGGAAGACGAUUACCUUGGAGGUGGAGAGCUCGGACACCAUUGACAAUGUCAAGGCCAAGAUCCAGGAUAAGGAGGGAAUCCCUCCAGACCAGCAGAGGCUCAUCUUUGCUGGGAAGCAAUUGGAAGAUGGGAGGACACUGGCGGAUUACAACAUCCAGAAGGAGUCUACCCUCCACCUUGUCCUGCGUCUCCGUGGUGGCUUUUAAAGGGUCUUCUGUCUCUUGUGAUGCGUCAAGUUGUUGGUGUUUGAUUAUGUUUGAACUUUGAAGAUGUUUUAAGUUUCUGGUCUUGAAAGAAUGGUGUAGCCUAAUGACACCUCAGUUUAAGUUUUUUCCUUUUGGUUCAUUUUCGAGUACUGUGUUGGCCGUGGUGGCCAUUUGAACAAUGAUUCUCUGUCGGUUUCUUGCUGUUGGAAUGAUGAAGUCGAACUAUGUUAAUAAAGCCUAUGGUUCUUUCUGUCUUGAUAUACUUGCUUACCUCUGUGC